UCAGCUGUGUCCAAUCACAGCUGAUCACAUGGCACUGAUCAGUGUGGCCCCUGAAGCGCCACCUGUCAGUGCUCAUCAGUGCCACUUGCUAGUGCCCAUCAGUGCCACAUCAAUGCCACAUAUCAGUGCAUACCAGUGCACAUCAAUGCCACAAAUCAGUGCCCAUCUGAGCUGCCUUUCAAUGUCACCCAUCAGUGCCAGUCAGUGCCACCUAUCAAUGCCAAUCAGUGCUGCCAAUCAGUGCCACCUAUAUGUGCCUCCUAUCAGUGUCAGUCAGUGCCGCCUAUCAGUGCCAGUCAGUGUCGCCUAUCAUUGCACAUCAGUGCCAGUCAGUGCCGCCUAUCAGUGCCAGUCAGUGCCGCCUAACAGUGCCAGUCAGUGCCGCCUAUCAGUAACAGUCAGUGCUGCCUAUCAGUGCCUCCUAUCAGUGCCAUAUAUCAGUGUCAUGUAUCAGUGCUGCCUUUCAGUGCCCAUCAGUGAUGCCUGUCAAUGCCCAUCAGUGCAACCUACCAGUGCCUCCUCAUCAGUGCCCAUCAGUGCCACCUAUCAGUGUCCAUCAGUGCAGCCUAUCAGUGCCCAUCACUGCAGCCUCAUUAGCGCACAUCAGUGAAGGAGAAAAAUCACUUUUUUACAAAAUUGUAUAACAAAAACUAAGAAAAAACAUUUUUUUUUCAAACUUUUCAGUGGUUUUUGGUUUGUUUAAGAAAAAAUAA